AGUACGUUAAAGGAGGGCAUCACGCAAAUUUACAAUCGAGAGCCCAGUCUUACCAUGGCUCAGUAUAUGGAUUUAUACACGAUCGUGUACAAUCACUGUACCACCGACACAAAGUCCAAGAAAGAUAAGGCUCAUAAUUCGGAAACAGAAAAUAGUAACAAAUCAACACUGAUUGGUCAAGAACUCUAUAGUCGGGUAAUGAAGUUUCUUGAGAAUUAUCUGACCGAGUUGUUGAAGAGUGGCUCGAAUUUGGUCGACGAAGAAGCGGUAUUGAAAUUCUACACCACAAAAUGGAGUGAGUACCGAUUCUCCAGUCGUGUAUUAAAUGGUGUAUGUGUUUACCUAAAUCGUCAAUGGGUGCGUCGCGAAUGUGAAGAAGGCCAUAAAGGCGUUUUCGAAGUCUAUCAGGUGUCAUUGAUUAUAUGGCAGGAUCAUCUUUUCAAACAUUUCAACACACAAGUUACAAAUGCCGUACUGAAGCUGAUCGAACGAGAGCGUAACGGUGAAACGAUUGAUUCCUGUCUCAUUUCUGGUGUAAUCAGUAGCUAUGUUGAAUUGGGGGUAGAAGAAGCAUCGCCGAAAGCACGCGGCCAAAUUUUGACCGUUUACAAGGAAAGCUUUGAAAAUGCCUUUCUACAGGAUACCGAACGCUUUUAUGCAGCUGAAAGUGCCGAAUUUCUUCGGCAAAAUCCAGUUACCGAGUACAUGAAACGCGUUGAACAACGCUUGAACGAAGAAUCAAAACGUGUCCAAGUUUAUUUGCACGAAAGCACACUCGUCCGCCUAGGUAAAACUUGUGAACGCGUUCUCAUAGAAAAACAUCUAAAUAUUUUUCAUACUGAGUUUAGGAAUCUUCUGGACUCGAACAAAAAUACGGAUAUGGGACGCAUGUACACGCUGGUGUCUCGCAUCAGCGGGG